CGGAGCGUUCACACACACAGCUCCGGGGCUCAGAUGGAGGGAGGGGACAGCAGCUCUUCACCUGCAGGACAACGCACUCUGACAGACCCGGACCCGGAGCCGAACCCGGACCCGGACCCGGAGCCCCGCUCAGCUGCUCCCUCAGCGACCCCUCUUUGAAUCCCGCUCCUGGACCAGCUGCGGUUCGCUGUCAUGCACAACCCGGCAGUGAGUCCGUGAAUGCGCCUCUCUGGACCUCAGCUGCUGCUGCAUCGGGACUGAACUUUUCUUUCUUUUUAGUUUUAGUUCUUUUUGUUUUUUAGUUUCUUUUCCACAGAGAAAGUUUGUGCGCGUGGAUCAGCUGCAGGAUGUCGGACUCAGCCUCCAGUUUCCUCCACAUCGGGGACAUCGUGUCUCUUUACGCGGAGGGCUCCGUGAACGGCUUCAUCAGCACCCUGGGGUUGGUGGACGACCGCUGUGUGGUUGAACCAGCUGCUGGAGAUUUGGAGAAUCCUCCGAAAAAGUUCAGAGACUGCCUGUUCAAGGUUUGUCCCAUGAGUCGUUACUCGGCUCAGAAACAGUUCUGGAAAGCCAAACAAGCCAAACAUGAGAAGGACAAGAUUGCCGACGUCGUCCUGCUACAGAAGCUACAGCAUGCGUCCAACCUGGAGCAGAAACAGAACGAGACAGAAAACAAGAAAGUCCACGGAGAUGUGGUCAAAUAUGGAACCGUCAUUCAGUUGCUCCACAUGAAGAGUAAUAAAUACCUGACGGUGAACAAGCGUCUGCCGGCUCUGCUGGAGAAGAACGCCAUGAGGGUGACUCUGGACGGGACCGGGAACGAGGGCUCCUGGCUCUUCAUCCAGCCCUUCUGGAAGCUCCGCGCCAACGGGGACAACGUGGUGGUGGGAGAUAAAGUGAUCCUGAACCCGGUGAACGCCGGCCAGCCGCUGCACGCUUCAAACUACGAGCUGACCGACCACCCAGGAUGCAAAGAGGUCAACUCUGUGAACUGCAACACCAGCUGGAAGAUCAACCUGUUCAUGAUGUUCAGUGACCACAGAGAGGAAGUCCUCAAAGGAGGCGACGUGGUUCGUUUGUUUCACGCUGAGCAGGAGAAGUUUCUCACCUGCGAUGAGUACAAGAGUAAACUCCACGUGUUCCUGCGGACCACGCUGAGGCAGUCAGCGACGUCAGCGACCAGCUCCAAUGCUCUCUGGGAGGUGGAGGUUGUCCAUCACGACCCGUGCCGUGGGGGGGCGGGACACUGGAACAGCCUGUACCGCUUCAAACACCUGGCCACCGGAAACUACCUUGCUGCUGAGGAGAACCCUGGGUACAAAGGAGACAGUCCAGACUUGUCGUCUUCGAUGGACAGCAGCCGUAGCAACAAGCGUUCCCAUGGUGAGAGGAUCAAGUACAAACUGGUCGCCGUGCCGCACGGGAACGACAUCGCUUCGCUGUUCGAGCUCGACCCGACCACGCUGCAGAAAACCGACUCCUUCGUUCCACGGAACUCAUACGUUCGGCUGAGACAUCUUUGCACCAACACCUGGAUCCAGAGCACCAACGUGCCCAUUGAUAUCGAGGAGGAGCGACCCAUCAGACUCAUGCUUGGAACUUGUCCCACUAAAGAGGACAAGGAGGCGUUCGCCAUCGUCUCUGUUCCUGUGAUGGAGAUCAGAGACCUGGACUUCGCCAACGAUGCCAGUGCCAUGCUGAGCACCGUGGUGGACCAGUUCAACAAGGGCUUCAUCAGCCAGAACGACCGCAGGUUCGCUAUCAAGCUGCUGGAGGACGUGGUUUUCUUCGUGGCCGACGUGUUGAACAGCGGUCAGCCGGUCCUGGACGUGGUCAUGUCCAAAGCCAACCGAGAGAGACAGAAACUGAUGAGAGAGCAGAACAUCCUCAAACAGAUCUUCGGUAUUCUAAAGGCCCCCUUCAAGGACCGGGGAGGUGGGGAGGGUCCUCUGCUUUGUCUGGAGGAGCUGGCUGACCAGAAGAACACCCCCUACCAGUACAUGUUCAGGCUCUGCUACAGGGUCCUGCGACACUCCCAGGAAGACUACCGCAAGAACCAGGAACACAUCGCCAAGCAGUUCGGCGUGAUGCAGAGUCAGAUCGGCUACGACAUCCUGGCCGAGGACACCAUCACCGCCCUGCUGCACAACAACCGCAAACUGCUAGAGAAACACAUCACCAAGACCGAGGUGGAGACCUUCGUCAGCCUGGUCCGCAAGAACCGAGAGCCCAGGUUUCUGGACUACCUGUCAGACCUGUGCGUGUCCAACAAUGUCGCCAUCCCCGUCACCCAGGAGCUCAUCUGUAAAUGUGUUCUGGACCCCAAAAACCAGGACAUCCUCAUCAAGACAGAACGUCGUGUGUCCAAAGAUGCGCACCCUGGUGGCAGUCAGGGAGAGUACUUGGGGAUGGAUGACUACGGAGAGGAGGACGAGGUUUGGCUCGUGUGGACAGACAAGACCAAUGAGCAACAAGAGAAGAGCGUCAGGCAGCUGGCCCAGGAAGCAAGACAAGGGAAUGCUCAUGAUGAGAACGUCCUCACCUACUACAGGUACCAGCUGAAGCUCUUUGCCCGGAUGUGUUUGGACCGUCAGUAUCUGGCCAUAGACGAGAUCUCCAAGCAGCUUGACGUGGAGCUCAUCUUCCUGUGCAUGAUGGACGAGACGCUGCCCUUUGACCUAAGAGCUUCCUUCUGCCGCCUCAUGCUCCAUGCCCACGUAGACCGGGACCCCCAGGAGCUGGUGACCCCCGUCAAGUUCGCCCGCCUCUGGACGGAGAUUCCUACCUCCAUCACCAUCAAAGAUUACGACUCCAACAUGGACGACAGCAGAGACAACAAGAAGAACCGUUUCUCCAACACCAUGGUGUUCAUGGAGGAGUAUCUGAACAACGUCCUGAACGACGAGCUGCCCUUCCACAACGAGGAGAAAAACAAGCUCACAUACGAGGUGGUGAGUUUGGCCAGACACUUGAUCUACUUUGGCUUCUACAGUUUCUUUGAGCUGCUCAGACUCACCAGGACCCUCCUGGGCAUCAUCGACUGUCGCCCCCCUCCUGGACACACCGGGGUUUUAUUCCAUGAUGACGCCUCAGGGAAGAAUGUGAAGCGUUCCAUACAUGGCAUGGGUCAGAUGAUGUCCACCAUGGUCCUCAACAGAAAACAGUCCAUAUUUGGAGGCGCGGGCGCCAGAGGGGCGGGGCUUGUACUUGAUGGACAGAGAGGCGGUAAAGACAGUAUUGACAACUUGGACCUGACAGUGAUGGACACCAAGCUGAAGAUACUGGAGAUACUACAGUUCAUCCUGAAUGUUCGUCUGGACUACCGCCUCUCCUUCCUCCUGUCCGUCUUUAAGAAGGAGUUUGUGGACGUUUACCCGAUGGCUGAUGCUGACGCUACAACCAACAUGGAGCACGCAGCCACCAUCAACCUGCAGCACAUUGGAGAACAGGCCGAGGCCAUGUUUGGAGUUGGUAAGGGGAACAGUAUCCUGGAGGUGGAUGAUGAAGGUGGUCGUAUGUUCCUACGAGUGCUGAUCCACCUCACGAUGCACAACUAUGCUCCUCUGGUGUCCGGAGCUCUGCAGCUGCUCUUUAGACACUUCAGUCAGAGACAGGAAGUGCUGCACACCUUCAAACAGGUCCAGUUGCUGAUCUCGGGUCAAGAUGUGGAGAACUACAAGUUGAUCAAAGCAGACCUGGACCGCCUGAGGACGCUGGUGGAGAAAUCUGAACUGUGGGUGGAGAAGAAAAGCUCUGGAGGAGGAGACGGGAAGAAGGACAAGAAGGACAAGAAGGAGAAAGGAGAGGGGACAGCAGAGGACACAACGCCCACAAAGGAGAAACUGGAGAAGGGUAACGAGAACUACCAGAAAGUCAAAGAGAUCCUGGAGAGGUUGAAUAAGAUGUGCAGCAGUGGAGUUUGGAAGAAGCAGCAGAGGUUGUUGAAGAACAUGGGAGCUCAUAAAGUCAUGCUGGACCUGCUGCAGGUCUCCUACGACCAGAACGAUGUGAAGAUGCAGGAGAUCAUCAGGUACACUCACCUGUUUCUGCAGAAGUUCUGCAUGGGGAACCAGGAAAACCAAACCCUGCUGCACAAGAACCUCAACCUCUUCCUCAACCCCGGGCUCCUGGAGGCCGAGACCGUGCAGCACAUCUUCAGCAACAACUACCAGCUGUGCAGCGAGAUCUCAGAGAGCGUCCUGCAGCACUUCAUCCACUGCCUGGCCACGCACGGCCGCCACGUCCAGUACCUCAACUUCCUCCACACCAUCAUCAAGGCCGAGGGCAAGUACGUGAAGAAGUGUCAGGACAUGAUCAUGACCGAGCUGACUAACGCGGGCGAGGACGUGGUCAUCUUUUACAACGACAAAGCCUCCUUUAACAUCAUGUUGGAGCUGAUGGCGGAGAGCAGGGAGGGGGUCGGCGAGAACAGCCCACUCAGGUAUCACAUCUCUCUGGUGGAGCUGCUGGCGGCCUGCGCCGAGGGAAAGAACGUCUACACGGAGAUCAAAUGCACCUCGCUGCUGCCCCUAGAGGACGUGGUGAGAGUGGUGACCCACGAGGACUGCAUCACCGAGGUGAAGAUCGCCUACGUGAACUUCGUCAACCAUUGCUACGUGGACACGGAGGUGGAAAUGAAGGAAAUCUACACGUCCAACCACAUCUGGAAACUGUUCCAGGACUUCACCGUGGACAUGGCUCGAGUCUGUAACAAACGAGAGAAGCGUCUUUCUGACCCGAUCCUGGAGAAGUACAUCAUCAACGUGGUGUUUGACACCAUCAACGCCUUCUUCAGCUCCCCGUUCUCUGAGAACAGCACAUCCCUGCAGACUCAUCACACCAUCGUGACCCAGCUGCUCCAGUCCUCCGUCCGGCUCCUGGACUGUCCCUGGUUACAGCAGCAGCACAGAGGACAAGUGGAGGCCUGCAUUAAGACGCUGGCUAUGACGGCGAAGAGUCGGUCCAUCGCUCUCCCUCUGGACCUGGAGUCUCAGAUCAGCUCCAUGUUGUCCAGCUCCGCUCUGAACUCGCUGUCCCGCUCCAACCCGAACUACAAAUCCUCGCUGCGCUCGUCCCGACCCAGCGCCCCCAGCAACCCCUGGGACUACAAGAACAUCAUCGAGAAGCUGCAGGACAUCAUCAACACUCUGGAGGAGCGUCUGAAGCCUCUGGUCAACGCUGAGCUCUCGGUGCUGGUGGAUGUCCUCCACCAGCCGGAGCUGCUCUUCGUUGAAGGAACCGACGCUCGGCAGCGCUGCGAGUCCGGAGGCUUCAUCUCCAAGUUGAUCCAGCACACCAAGGCCCUGAUGUCCACGGAGGAGAAGCUGUGCAUCAAAGUCCUGAGGACGCUGCAGGAGAUGCUGAUCAGGACUCUGGACUUCGAUGAAAAGGGAAUCUCUCUGAGGAAAGUUCUACUGCAGAACUACUUGUUCCCAAACAAGAAGAACAACCCGAAGAACGACUUGGCCGAGCUCGGAGCUGCAGGUGCAGAGCAGGAGCGGGACUGGGCGGCCGUGGCGGCCGUUCAGUGUCGUCUGGACCGAGAAGGAGGAACAAAGCUGUUCACAGAUUUAGUGAUGAGCACCAAGAACGACAAGAUCUUCCAGGAGAGCGUCCAGCUGGCCAUCUGUCUGCUGGAGGGGGGCAACACCGAGAUCCAGAACUCCUUCUACAAACUGAUGAUGGGCGACAACAAGUCUGAGAAGUUCUUCAAGGUUCUUCACGACCGGAUGAAAGAAGCUCAGACCGACAUUAAAGCCACGGUCUCAGUGAACGUGGGAGAGAUGACACACAAGGCCAACGAGAAGGAGCUGGAGAGCGCUCUGGUUCUUCCUGGUCCUGGUCAUCCUCUACUGGUCCAGGGUCCGUCCAUAGCCCCGGUAGCAGGCACCUCCGUCCUACCAGCCCAGUCUGCAGCAGAGGAGAGGGAGGUGGAGGCGGAGAUGGGGCCGGCCGUCACCAUCAUGAAGCCCAUCCUGAGGUUCCUCCAGCUCCUCUGUGAGAACCACAACCAGGACCUGCAGAACUUCCUACGCUGCCAGAACAAUAAGACCAACUACAACCUGGUGUGUGAGACCCUCCAGUUCCUGGACAUCAUGUGUGGCAGCACCACCGGCGGCCUGGGCCUCCUGGGCCUCUACAUCAACGAAUCCAACGUCCACCUGAUCAUACAGACCCUGGAGACCCUCACCGAGUACUGCCAGGGCCCCUGCCAGGAGAACCAGACGUGCAUCGUGACCCACGAGUCCAACGGCAUCGACAUCAUCACGGCUCUGAUCCUGAACGACAUCAGCCCUCUGUGUCGCUACCGGAUGGAGAUGGUGCUGCAGCUGAAGGACAACGCCUCCAAGCUGCUGCUGGCUCUGAUGGAGAGUCGCCAUGACAGCGAGAACGCAGAGAGGAUCCUGUUCAACCUGAGGCCACGAGAGCUGGUGGAGGUGAUAAAGAAGGCCUACCAGCAGGACGGUGAGUAUGACGAGGCCGAGGUUUCUCCCCGAGACGUCGGACACAACAUCUACAUCCUGGCUCAGCAGCUGGCGAGACACAACAAAGUCCUGCACAACCUCCUGAAACCACAGAAGAAGAGUAAAGAGGGAGAGGAGGGCAUCUCCUCCAUGUUGAACCUGAACAAUCGUCCUCUGUCCCAGAUGUUGACGUCUUCAGCUCCAGCUGCUGAGGUAGAAACGGACCCACUGGAGUACUACGAGCAGCUGACGUCCCAAAUAGAGAUUGUGCGGGAGGACCGCAGCAUGGAGCAGAUUGUGUUUCCUGUUCAUCCCAUCUGUGAGUUUCUGACCGAGGAGUCAAAGUUCAGGGUGUUCAACACCACAGAGCAGGACGAGCAGGGGUCAAAGGUCACGCACUUCUUCGAGCAGACGUCCUUCCUGCACGGAGAGAUGGAGUGGCAGAAGAAGCUGAGGAGCAUGCCGCUGCUCUACUGGUUCUCCAGGAGGAUGACUCUGUGGGGCAGCAUCUCCUUCAACCUGGCCGUCUUCAUCAACCUCAUCAUCGCCUUCUUCUACCCCUACGACUCCGGACAAGUGGGGGCCAUAGACGACUCUCUGCUGCUGAUGCUCUUCUGGAUCCUGACCGGUCUCUCAGUCCUGGGUUUGUUCUCUCAGCGUUACGGCCUCCAGCCGCUCACCCUCGCUCUGAUCCUGCGCUCCAUCUACCACCUGGGCAUCGGCAACACCCUCAUCCUGCUGGGGUCCCUCAACCUGGUGAACAAGGUGGUGUUUGUGGUGAGCUUCGUGGGGAACAACGGGACAUUCAUCAUGGGCUACAAGGCCAUGGUGAUGGACGUGGAGUUCCUCUACCACCUGGCCUACGUCCUGACCUCCACCCUGGGACUCUUCGUUCACGAGCUCUUCUACAGCAUCCUGCUGUUUGACCUGAUCUACCGGGAGGAGACUCUGUUCAACGUGAUCAAGAGCGUGACUAGAAACGGUCGCUCCAUCCUCCUGACAGCGCUGCUCGCCCUCAUCCUCGUCUACCUCUUCUCCAUCGUCGGCUUCCUCUGCCUGAAGGAGGACUUCAUCAUGGAGGUGGACCCUCUGCCUCGCAUCGCUGCAGAGAACGGAGCUUCUCAGGAUUUCAUGAAGUCGUGUGCAGCAGAUGGAGUCAGCUGUACGUCUGAGACCAGCGGCGUCGCUGAGGAGGACGAGGAGGUGAACUCUGAGCGAGCCUGCGACACUCUGCUCAUGUGCAUCGUCACCGUGUUGAACCACGGACUGAGGAACGGAGGAGGAGUCGGCGACGUUCUCCGCAAACCGUCCAAGAACGAGCUGCUGUUUCCGGCGCGCGUCGUGUACGAUCUGCUCUUCUACUUCAUCGUCAUCAUCAUCGUCCUCAACUUGAUCUUCGGCGUCAUCAUCGACACGUUCGCCGACCUGAGGAGCGAGAAGCAGAAGAAGGAGGAGGUCCUGAAGACCACGUGUUUCAUCUGUGGUCUGGAGAGGGACAAGUUCGACAAUAAGACGGUGUCGUUUGAGGAGCACAUCAAGCUGGAGCACAACAUCUGGAACUAUCUCUACUUCAUCGUUCUGGUGCGUGAGAAAAACAAGACGGACUACACGGGCCCAGAGAGCUACGUAGCCCACAUGAUCAAGAACAACAACCUGGACUGGUUUCCACGGAUGCAGGCGAUGUCUCUGGUGGUAACCGACGGCGACGGGGAGCAGAAUGAGAUGAGGAUGUUACAGGACAAACUGGCGUCAACCAUGAAGGUGGUGACGACGCUGACGUCACAGCUGACGGAGCUGAAGGAGCAGAUGACCGAGCAGAGGAAGAGGAGGCAGAGGAUGGGCUUCGUCGACGCCCAGUCUGGAGCCGGCGCCGCGCUGCCCCCUAGUGCCGCAGGAGGAAACCACCAGAUAUACAAGACAUAGAGAGACUGAUGAACACACUACGCAGUCAGAAAACACUAGAACACAACAUGCAGCUGACGUCACAGACAUCAUGGGAACGUUAAGUUUAGCUGAUCUGAGUCUUUUAUCUCAGGAUGUUAGUCCUUCAAUGCUUCGUCAGCUCCUUUCCUCCUGAUUUCACAAACAUUUAGACACAGAAAUAAUUAGUGAAACUCUCUGGUUGUCAGCAUCAAACCAAACUUCAUCAGCAUUAAUAUGAAUCUGGUGUAUUAGGAAAUACUUUCAUUAAUCACAGGAUGCUUAUGAAGUGCUAAUAAAAUAAUUAGUUAUUAGGUGUGUUUGG